AGAAACUGUCAGGGCUGAAACAAUAUGAGGCUGAGAAGUGUCCAUCGCUCUUCUAGUUUUAUCCUUGCAAGUUUCAUUAUUUGCUGUAUUUGGAGUGUAAAUGGAGACUACUGUGAGGUGAACUUGUGCCAUAAUGGUGGGACAUGUGUGACUGGCGUAGGAGAGGAACCUUUUGUCUGUAUCUGUGCUGAAGGAUUUGCAGGACGCACCUGUACUGCUAAAGAAAAUGGUCCAUGCAGCCCUAACCCAUGCAAAAAUGAUGGCGAGUGUGAGGUGAUUGCAAACUCCAGACGAGGAGAUGUUUUUAAUGGUUAUGUUUGCAAAUGCCAGUCUGGAUUUGAGGGCGUCAACUGCCAAAUAAAUGUGAACGACUGUGAUAACCAGCCUUGUAAGAAUGGAGGCGUAUGUCGUGACCUGAACGGAGACUACACAUGCCAGUGUCCUUCUCCCUAUGCAGGGAAGGAAUGCCAGCUAAGCUGUAUCUCAUUGCUAGGAAUGGAGGAAGGGGGAAUUGUCGCAUCCCAGAUUUCUGCCUCCUCGGUGCACUUUGGCAUUCUGGGAUUGCAGCGCUGGGGACCUGAGCUCGCCCGCCUCAACAACCAGGGUCUCGUCAACGCUUGGAGUUCAGACCCCCAUGACAAGAACCCUUGGCUUGAGAUCGAUCUGCAGAAGAAGAUGCGUCUCACUGGCAUCAUCACACAGGGAGCCAGUCGCUUGGGCACAGCUGAGUUUAUCAAGGCUUUCAAGGUGGCAUUCAGCUAUGAUGACAAAAUAUACAUGAUGUAUCGAGCUCCUGGCCAGAGGAGAGACAAGGUGUUUCUUGGGAACACUGAUAAUGACGGCACCAAGACGAACCUGUUUGACCCCCCGAUUGUAACUCAGUACAUUCGCCUCAUCCCUGUGGUGUGCCACAAAGCAUGCACACUGCGCCUGGAGCUGGUUGGCUGUGAACUCAACUUCGACUCCAAUGCUGUAGGCUGCACAGAGUCCUUGGGUAUGAAGUCUCGUCUUAUCUCAGACAACCAGCUGUCAGCUUCCAGUGCUUACCGCACCUGGGGCAUAGAUGCAUUUACAUGGCUUCCGCACUAUGCUCGCCUGGACAAGCAGGGCAAAACCAAUGCCUGGUCCCCAGCCAACAACAACCGCUCUGAGUGGCUUCAGCUGGACUUGGAGAAACCGAAAAGGAUCACAGGCAUCAUCACUCAGGGAGCGAAAGACUUCGGCGUUGUGCAGUUUGUGUCUGCCUUUAAGAUUGCAUACAGUAAUGAUGGUCAGUCAUGGAGCAUUGUAAAAGAUGCAACCAACAGAACAGAUAAGAUUUUCCAAGGCAACCUUGACAACAAUACACGCAAAAAGAACUUGUUUGAGCCACCUUUCUUUGCCCGAUUUGUGCGUUUCCUGCCUUGGGAGUGGCAUGAACGCAUCACAUUAAGGAUGGAGCUGCUGGGCUGUGAUGCUUAGAAAUCAUGAAGAGAAUCAUGGCCUGUUUUACCCAGCACUUGAUUAUCUUCUCCGUAGAUAUAAGCAAUCACUGUGUGUUAAUGGUUUGGGUAAGAACAUAGAAUAAAUUGUACUGACUGGAUUGUUUGGCUGAUUUAGAAUGAUAAAAUCUUGUAAUUUGUCUUGGUAUCUGUUGCUAAUAUGACUAGAUUAAUACUUGCACUUUUUGUGAAUUUUAUAUUGUACGAUUCUGAAGUUUUGGUGAUAUGAAUGCAUUUUUAUCAUACAUGAAUGCAUUAACCAGUCCCCCAAGCAUGCAUUCUGGUCCCCGGCAAUCAGCCUGAUGUCCAUGUUACCUUUUUGCUUAUGAUUUUGGACAAAGACUAUGUGUAGUCAGGGAUUGUGCAAUAAAUGAAUAGAAAGCAUAAAUACUAAAACAGAAAAAGGAAUACUCUCUCCAGAAAUUGAGGCAAAUCGAUAUGAAUAUAAUUUAAUUUGUUGGUAAAUAUGAAAGUGUCCCAAUACUACAUUUUUACUGAUAUGAUUCUGCAUGCAUUUUAAGAACAAUUCCUGAUUUCUAAUCCACAUUUUGCUUUGUAUAUACCGUAUUUACAGUUUCAACAACCAAAUUCAUACAGAAGUGUCGAAAGUUGAU